CAGGGGAAAAUAAAAAAUAAACAAAAAAAAAAAAAAAGAAGAAGAAGCCAGAAGUAUGUCAAAAAUAAAAGUGGAAACAAAAGGCAAGUGUUGCCUGAAACGUUGAGAAAAGCAGACUGGGGUACGCAGAACGUCUUCUUAACCCACAAAAAGGAGAACUGAUUAAUCUUUUUAUAUACUUGAACGCAUUUUUUUUUAAACUUGUGAUUCUGCUCUACUUCCUCUGAUGCAUAAAAAAACCCCCUACAUCAGCUCAGCUGUUUAGACCUUUGACAUGUGGCGCUGUACUCACCCGGCGGUCUGCUGAAGCUCGCUGUGAUGUGAGGAAACUCAUCUUAACAUCUUCAGCUGCCGCUUGUUUUAUCGAAAGGAAACGCAGGAGUGGCCGCGGUCACUUAAAGGCCGCGUGUGUCUUCAACCUGUCCAUGAAUCUUCAUAGGUAGCCCAGUCUGCCCUUCUUCCCCCCUCCAGCUUUUACGUAACAUUUUAGUGUCUUGACUAGCUCAGUGUCAAAGGUUUGUCCGUCUGCGAUAAACACCUGCCGGCCCCCGCGCCGCCUGAUUUACAGCAUUAGCGUCUGGCUGAUGGAUACAUGUGCUGGAGCAUUUUGUAAAUAAAAAAACCCGAAUAUUCCCCUCCGAGGAGAAGGCGGCGAACAAACCCAGACCUUCGAGCUGUUGCAGACAUUUUCAAGAGAAAGUGAAUGUUGCUCCUUGUCUGAAUGAAAAUGCUGAAUGUUAUCAAGUCUCCAGUUUUGGCCUGGAGACUACCGCAUUUUACCCCCUAGCUGUUUCCCGCCGUGCUCCCGUAGUAGUAUUUUCCUGUAAAAUUUCUCGUAUUAUAAUAAUUACCAAUAAUAUGAAAGUAUUCUUUAAUUGAAUUUAAACUCCAAACUUCGCUUUUACAUUACUGCCCUUCCAUCAAAUUUCCCGUAUUCUCCAAUCCAAAACUUGACAGGUACAGUGUUGACGGGAAGUGGGGUGCAACAUUACACAGCCAUGUUUGAUAUCUAUCAUCUAAUUUGUAUUAACUGGUUGCUUGUUGGUAUUAUUGAGGCUUCACUUUAAUUUCCUACUUUAAAAAGUGCCUUAAACGCAUCUGGCGAACUGCUCCUCCUCAGGACCUGCUGUGCACCUUCGUCAAAAAUGGCGUGACUGGCAGAAUUAUCAGCCAAUCAAAAUUGACAUAAAAUAACUGUCCAUUCCACAAGCAGCUGUAAAGAGCUCCCAUCACUGUAGUGAACGCGGUAUUUACAAAAUGGCGACCGCAUCCGCUUCAACCCCGGUUGACCUAGUUGCAGAUCAAGCAAAAUUGUGUUUUUCAAGGUGGUCUUUCACGGAUUACAAAAAGAAAUGAUUAAAAAUGGAAAACCCAUACCAAACCUGGAUUCACUAAAACAGACCAAUAAGAACUUUGUAGGGCAUUUUAAAGACUAACUAUGAGAGCUACGAGAGGCUAACUGCUAGCACUGAGCACAACAGCCUAUGGAUUUUAUUUUACAAGUAAUGGGGGGACCACACCUGGGCGACCAUGCUGGGACAGAGUGUGCGUCUGCAGCCGGUUCCCAUCCAGAACCUGUCAGAACUGGAGCGCGCCCGGCUGCAGGAAGUGGUGCUGUACCACCUGGAGGAGAGAGACCUGGACUUUAAGAUCAACAUUCCCAGAGAAAUACGCAAACGAAGAAAGUCCCUCCGCAGACGGUUUGACUCCUUCUCAAAGGAAAAGAAAGAGCGAGAAAAUGCCCCCAAAGCAUUCGGCAUCCCGCUCUCCCAGGCCAUCGCCAACGACCAGGCGUACAAGCGGCGUCAGGACGCCCUGAAGGAGAGCAGGCGCGACUGCCUGGACCUGGAGGCCAGCGUCCUGCGCUUCAGGGCCGAGAAGAGGCAGUUCUUCAACGGGAGCAAACCUCUGGGCAGCUCCUCGUCCAUUACAGGAGGAGUCCCCGGGUCGCCUUCCGCCAACUCAGUGGCUCCGGCGCCGGUGUGCGACACGCAGAGCAAAGCGGCGUCACCGACAAUUAUGGACAACGCCAGCCGAGGACAAAGGAGGGGCGGGCUGUCGGUGGACUGCCUCUCUGACCUCGUAGAGAGUCAGUCUCGCUUGCUGGAGGCGCUGCAGCUGUCCCACCCGGCCGAACUGGAGUUGAAGAAAUCGCCGUCCGAAGGGAGGACCCAGUCCAAGCUGAGCCUCAACCCCAUCUACAGGCAGGUGCCUCGGGUGGUGGAGAGGUGCUGCAGCCACAUCGAGACCUAUGGGCUCCAGACUGUCGGCAUCUUCCGAGUCGGGAGCUCCAAGAAGAGAGUUAGACAGCUUCGUGAAGACUUCGACAUGGGGGUGGACGUCCAGCUGGACGAGGAGCACAGCGUGCACGACGUGGCGGCGCUGCUCAAGGAGUUCCUGCGCGACAUGCCGGACCCUCUGCUGCCCCAGGAGCUCUACCCCGCCUUCCUGCACGCUAACCUGCUGAGAGGAGCAGACCAGCUGCAGUUCCUCCAGCACCUCCUCUACCUGCUCCCUCCCUGCAACUGCGACACGCUGCUGCGCCUCCUGUCCAUGCUGCAGACCGUGCAGAGCUACGCCCAGGACACCGUAGGGACCAAUGACGAGGAGAUUCCCGGUAACAAGAUGACGGCAGCCAACCUGGCCGUGAUCUUCGGGCCGAACCUGCUCCAGAGGGAGGGAGGCGGAGACAUGAGUCCUCAGGCGAUGGGCAUCGAGGACAGCACGGCCAUCAUCAGCAUCAUUCUGGUGCUCAUACAGAACUACAGGAGGCUCUUCACGGUGUCUGCAGAGCUUCAGCAGGAAGUCUUGAUGAGUCUGAUCCAGACCGACCCGGAUGUCAUCGAUUAUCUCCUGCGGAGGAAACUCAGUGGCAGCCACCUGACGGUAGAGGGCAGCAGCGAGUCCGGGGGUCGCCGGGACACAGGGGCCUCUUUGGACUCCGUGGGGGCCUCAAGCGGAAGUUUGUCUCCUCUUGAGCCGCCGUCGCCGCUUUUCCCUCCGGAUGGAGGCGGCGGCGACGGCAGCCUGACCAGCGAGGUCUUCCUCAACGUCCUCAAACUGAACCAGACCAGAAACCGGCCAGAAGGGAGAUUCGGUGAGGCGCGCUCCGCCAAGUCCAUCCGCCACAUGCGACAGUUCCACUCCCACCACAACCUGCUCAGCCUGUCCCAGCCGUCCACCUUGUCCAAGAUGCACAGCCAGGACGGCGACCCCCAGGACCGGCGGGGUGGCGCGCUGGGCGCCGCCAUGAGCUUCACUCUGGGCAGCGUCAGCGGCAGCGGAGGAAGCUGCUCCAGUCUGAGCGGCUCCACCGACAACAGCAUCUGGGUGAGGCAGAUGCAGCAGGAUGAGGGCAAAUCUUCAUCGGCCGCCAACUUCUGGGACUUUUUUACUGGAAAAAGCUCGGGCUCCGAGACGGUGGUAUGACUAAGGGGAGGGGGAGGAGCUUAAAGGGACAACUGGACGAGCUUUGACGUCGAUGUUGUCUGAGUCCCCCAAACAAACGGUCAGUUAGAGAUCUUAAAAACAACAACAACCUGGAACGAGACUUAAACAUGCUCCACUUCUACGUUGAACAAUUCCAAGUAGAUGAAGUUGCACAACUUUUAGCGUCUAUACAUUGCACAAAUAAAAUGAGGAAUAACGGCAAGUGAGCGUCUCUCUUCAGACAUUAAAGUGGUGAGAACAUCUGUGAUUAACUCAUUCAGUCAUGAACAAAUGAAGGCCAAAAUCUCCGAGUUUUUGGAAAUGGAUGCAUUAUGUACAUAUGUUGUAAUCCGAAUUUUACACACAUCUCUGUUCUGCAUACCAGCUGCUGUUUGGUCUCUUCUAACACGUCACAAACAGCUGAAACCAGAUAUUUAACAAGUUAUGAAAACACACACCGUCUUCUUCCCUUUGUCUUUAUUAAAUCUGAAUAUUUGUUCCUGGUUUAGGGCACUGAGGAUUAAUAAAAUUAUUUCCAUUUACUAAACUAUAAUUUAUUCUAAUUCAAAUGUUUACAUUCACUGGGUUUGCUAUGAUGUCGAGGUUUCUUCGUAAGUUUCUGAAACACAACUAGCUGUGUUUCCAUUGACCACAAAAUUGUGCAAAUAGGAAUUAGGAGAUAAAUUUGCUUGAUGGAAACACGUCAAUUAAAAAAAAAAAAAAAACUCAUGGUUUUUGAUGGGACAUUUUGGUGGUUUUCCUGCUGCUUUUUUUUCACAUCACACGAGGCGCGAUCAACAACCGGACGCUACUGCUGGUGGAAAAGUUUUUAAAAAAGAGAACAGAAAGCGGUGAUGAUGGCAUGAACAUGUCAUCAUCAUGAUUUUAACUGCAUUUCUUAACGUAAAUACUGCACAUGUGUUUUUCCGACAUUAGCACAAACAAAGUUUUGCGCACAUUCAUAACAGAAAACUAGCUGCUGUGGGACGCAUUUUAAAAUAUUACCCUAAAAAUCAUGAUGCCUUGUGUGACAUCAUAGGAGAAUCAGUGACUCUGUAAAUAAAGCAUCAGCUUUAUCUUUCUGCACAUCUAAAACUGAGCCAGGUUGCCUUCCAUUUUCUGUCGCUUCGUGAGCGCUACAGCUCCAAAGAUGUCAAAUACAUGCUGCACGUGUAUGUGGCAGCUUUUAGGUAUAUACUACUAAAAUGUCAUAGCCAUCAGGAAAUACCAAUACACUAAUUCAUGCUACGCAAUGCUAUCACUUUGUCUGCACCGGUGAAGAAUCCCUCACCUCAGCAUGCUGAAUGCUUGGAGUGACUCCAGCUGAUGGCAGCCUGACCUACUUUCUGAUUGAAAGAUCAUGAUUAUUAAGGAUCAAGAAUGGAGUUAAUGAUGUGCUUCAUAUACAAAGGAUUAUGAGAAUGUCUUGGCUUUGUAAACAUCUGGUAAGUUAAGUCACAGGAUUUGAUUAAAAGCUUUUUAUGCGAUUAACUUCUUGCUAAUUCCUUAUUAAAUUUCUUUUAAGGCCAACAUACAUCGCAUUAGAAACCUCAGCCGAGUGGUGGGAGGUGAUCUUAGCGUCCCUGUUUUAAGUUGUUUUAAACUUCGUAAUUGUUGCUCUGACUGCUAUUGGCCAGUAUCAGCAAGGGGCUGUUUUCUGUAAGCUGACUUAUCUGUACACAUUUUCUCACUCAAUCCAUAACUACCAUCAUGGAUUGCUCGUUAAAAUUUGUCCCACAUUCCCUUUAACUUCUAAAAGUGGAGUUUUGAUUACAAAAAUCUUUGUUAUAUUUACAUGAAAUGAUUAAUUGUUGCACCAGGGGAUUUGUCCAACCUCAUUGAACAAAAGGAAAGGGUGAACUGAACAAUGAAAAUGUGGCAAACAAGAAGCUUUAAAACAUUUUAACCUGAACGGUAUAGUAUGCAUUAAUUCAAAUGUGAGAAGGGGUUCUUGACAGUGUUUGAGAUUUUCUUUAUGUCUUGUUUGAGACGUCAUAUUCUUACCGCUAGAGGGCAGCAUUUCCCGUUUUGACCAGUCUGUGGAUAAAUGACAUCAGGUUAGCCAAAUGCAGCGUUCUCAGCUGCAUACAGCUCAGCAGAUGUUCUGUUCCUGUCGUUUUCCCGACCUACAAACAGAACCUGUACAGAAUCUGUCCUUCACCUAAGCAGGUAAUUUGUCUCGCAUAUUUUUUUUUAUCCAUUGUAGAGGAAAUUGUCUAUUUUUUUUUCUUGUGUCAGUUUUUCUAUACCAUUGUAUAACCUAUUAAAAGUGUUGCCGAAUGCC